AUGGAUAAUGUUACUAUGAGUGGGUUUCUUCUGAUGGGAUUUUCUGCCAAGCCUGACCUAGAACUCGUCCACGCUUCCCUGUUCUUAAUCUUAUACAUGGUUUCAUUGACUGGCAAUAUCCUCAUUAUCACAGCAAUUUCCGUGGACAAUAGUCUCCACUCACCCAUGUAUUUCUUCCUGAAACAUCUCUCCUUUCUGGACCUGUGCUAUAUUUCUGUGACUGUGCCAAGGUCUAUUUACAAUUCUUUCAUGCAUAGUGGCUACAUUUCUCUCUGGGAAUGCAUAGUGCAGUGCUUUGCUUUUACUCUCUGUGGUUCUGCUGAGCUGCUCAUGCUCACAGUGAUGUCUUAUGAUCGCUAUGUGGCCAUCUGCCUUCCACUGCGCUAUGAAAUCAUCAUGGAUGUAAGCACCUGUGUCCACGGAGUCCUAGGCGUCUGGAUCAGUGGGGUCAUUUGUGGAACCAUGCACGCAGCUGCCACUUUCUCCAUGCACCUCUGUGGUUCACAUAUCAUUCACCAGUUCUUCUGUGACAUCCCACAGCUCAUAAAACUCUCUUGUUCUAAUGAGUAUAUCAGUGAGGUUGGGGUUAGUGCCUUCUUGUCUCUGGUGGGCUUUCUUUGUAUCUCCUUUAUAGGUUUGUCUUACACACAGAUAUUCUCUACUGUACUGAGGAUGCCAUCUGCUGAGGGCAGAGCUAAGGCCUUUUCCACUUGCCUUCCUCACCUCGCUGUUAUCAUUUUAUUCAUUUCAACUGGUGUCUUUGAGUUUCUCAAGCCACCUUCUGACUCUCCAAGUGCUCUGGACAUUUUUCUCACUAUUAUGUACACAGUUGUGCCCCCAACACUCAACCCAAUGAUCUAUAGCCUGAGAAACCAAGCCAUAAAAGCUGCUCUCAGAAAGGUUUUUCAAGGAAGAAAAGAUGACCUCUUUUAUUAA